AUGGGCGAAUACUCGGAAGCACUUUCAUGGUACCAACGAUCACUUGAAAUCCGAAAAAUAGCUCUCUCUCCGAAUCAUCCCGACUUGGCUCACUCCUACAACAACAUCGGCAGUGUAUAUGAAAACAUGGGCGAGUAUUCGAAAGCACUUUCAUCGUAUGAACGAUCACUUGAAAUCCGAAAAAUAGCUCUCCCUCCGAAUCACCCCGACUUGGCUACUUCCUACAACAGCAUCGGUAAUGUGUAUAGAAACAUGGGCGAGUACUCGAAAGCACUUUCAUCGUACCAACGAUCACUUGAAAUCCGAAAAAUAGCUCUCCCUCCGAAUCAUUUCGACUUGGCUAGUUCCUACGGGAACAUCGGUAAUGUGUAUGAUAAGAUGGGCGAGUAUUCGAAAGCACUUUCAGUGUUCGAACGAUCACUUGAAAUCAAGAAAAUAGCUCUCCCUCCGAAUCAUCCCCACUUGGCUAGUUCCUAUGUGAAUAUCGGUAAUGUGUAUGAUAACAUGGGCGAGUACUCGAAAGCACUUUCAUCGUACCAACGAUCACUUGAAAUCCGAAAAAUAGCUCUCCCUUCGAAUCAUCCCGACUUGGCUCAAUCCUAUAACAACAUCGGUAUGGUGUAUAUUAACAUGGGCGAGUAUUCGAAAGCACUUUCAAUGUUCGAACGAUCACUUGAAAUCUGGAAAAUAGCUCUCCCUUCGAAUCAUCCCAACUUGGCUGGUUCCUACAACAACAUCGGUAUGGUGUAUGAUAAGAUGGGCGAGUACUCGAAAGCACUUUCAUCGUAUGAACGAUCACUUGAAAUCCGAAAAAUAGCUCUCCCUCGGAAUCAUCCCAACUUGGCUGCUUCCUACAACAAUAUCGGUGGAGUGUAUUAUAACAUGGGCGAAUACUCGAAAGCACUUUCAUCGUACCAACGAUCACUUGAAAUCCACAAAAUAGCUCUCCAUCCGCAUCAUCCCGACUUGGCUUCUGGCUACAGCAACAUCGGCAGUGUGUAUGGAAACAUGGGCGAGUACUCGAAAGCACUUUCAAUGCUUGAACGAUCACUUGAAAUCCGAAAAAUAGCUCUCCCUUCGAAUCAUCCCGACUUAGCUCAAUCCUAUAACAACAUCGGUAUGGUGUAUAAUAACAUGGGCGAGUACUCGAAAGCACUUUCAUCGUACGAACGAUCACUUGAAAUCCAGAAACUAGCGCUCCCUUCGAAUCAUCCCAACUUGGCUACUUCCUACAACAACAUCGGUUUGAUGUAUGAUAACAUGGGCGAGUACUCGAAAGCACUUUCAUUUCUUGAAAAAGCGCAUGAAAUUGAUCGAAAAGCUCUGCCACCAAAUCAUCCACAUAUUGCACAAUCGAAAAGAAACAUUGACAUUGUGAAAAAGAAAAAGUAA